AUGGAGGAGAAGCCAUAUGUGCAGCGACCAACUCGAGUCAGCGGCAACUACAUCAUGGACCAAACUGGAGCAGAGCUGGUGCACGUCAUCUUCUCGAUGAAGGAAAGCGUCGGCUGUCUGGCAGAGGCGCUCAAGGUCUUCAAGGACUACAACGUCAACCUGAAGAAGAUCGAAUCGCGCUCCUCGAAACGUUUCGAAAAUGACUACGAGUUUCUCGUCGAGUGCUCCAGCGCCAGCAUCGGCCUUGACCGCGCCCUUGAGGUGCUCCGCGGCAUGACCCACUACCUGAAGAUCAUCUCCCGCGACGGCGGCCAGGACGCCAGCGUCCCCUGGUUCCCCCGAAAGGCCAAGGACCUGGACCGCUUUGCCAAUCACAUUCUCUCCUACGGUUCGGAGUUGGACUCUGACCACCCCGGUUUCACUGAUCCAGUGUACCGUGCUCGGAGGAAGUACUUUGCCGACCUGGCCUACAACUACAAACACUGCACGCCAAUCCCUCGCGUGGAGUACACCGAAGAGGAGGUGAAGACGUGGGGCGUCGUCUUCAAGGAGCUGGUGAAGCUCUUUCCGACGCACGCCUGCGCCGAGUACAAUCACAUCUUUCCGCUGAUGGUGGAGAACUGUGGCUACCGCGAGGACAACAUUCCCCAGCUGGAGGACGUCAGCUGCUUUCUCAGAGACUGCACCGGUUUCACCCUCCGCCCAACCGCCGGCCUCCUCAGCUCGCGGGACUUCCUCGCCGGCCUCGCCUUCCGCGUCUUCCACACCACCCAGUACAUUCGCCACCACUCGAAGCCGAAGUACACCCCGGAGCCGGACAUCUGCCACGAGCUGAUGGGCCACGCCCCGCUCUUCGCCGACCCCGCCUUUGCCCGCUUCAGCCAGGAGAUCGGCCUGGCCAGUCUGGGCGCCCCCGACGAGUACAUCGAGAAGCUGGCCACCUGCUACUGGUUCACGGUGGAGUUUGGCCUCUGCAAGCAGGCCGGCCAGGUGAAGGCCUUCGGCGCCGGUCUGCUCUCCAGCUACGGCGAACUGCAAUACUGCCUGAGCGACAAACCCGAGAUUCGCGCCUUUGACCCGUACAAGACGAGUGUGCAGGCGUACCCGAUCACCGAGUAUCAACCGGUGUACUACCUCGCCGAGAGCUUCGAUGACGCACAGAGGAAGCUAAGAGAAUUCGCCUUCUCCAUCCCGCGGCCCUUCAUGGUGCACUUCAACGCCUACACGCACAACAUUGAGAUUAUCGACUCGAAGUCGCAGCUGGAGCACCUCGCCCGAGACAUUGAAAAUGAAAUGCAACUGCUCGUGGAAAGCAUGAAAAAGGUGAACAAUCUGAUCGAUUGA